AUGGUGAAGUUUAGUGGCAGUAUGGUGAAGUUUAGUGGCAGUAUGGUGAAGUUUAGUGGCAGUAUGGUGAAGUUUAGUGGCAGUAUGGUGAAGUUUAGUGGCAGUAUGGUGAAGUUUAGUGGCAGUAUGGUGAAGUUUAGUGGCAGUAUGGUGAAGUUUAGUAGCAGUAUGGUGAAGUUUAGUGGCAGUAUGGUGAAGUUUAGUGGCAGUAUGGUGAAGUUUAGUGGCAGUAUGGUAAAGUUUACUGUAGCCAGCUCACAGGCAGGGUCUGUAGACCAACAACAUACAUCAACACGAGCAGCCGCUGGUUUAGAGCGCUGUGAAGGAGAUGCUGCUGAAGAAAUGCCAAACGCCCAACACGAUACUUUGGUUGCCUGA